AUGGCCGCCUCACUUUUGCAGGUGUACACAGUGUGUGUGACGCGGGAGCUUUUUCCCGUGGCUGUGACCUUCUCUGAGAGGAAGCAUCAAGUGGAAUAUGAAUGCCCCGUGUCCCUCAGCGCUCUGUACAGACCUGUGUCUGUCCGCCAGAGUGACCCGAAGAGCAUCUUCUCAAGACCUUACAUCGAGAUGCUGGCCCGACGGUCAAAGGUCGACCCGUUUACCGGUUGUGUUCUGGGAGAUGGCUGGAAGGUCUCUGAACUGGACUUUGACAAAGCGAUGUCAGCAGUUCCGGUCCGCUGCUCCUUUUGUUACCGAGGAUGUGAGAGCGUGAUGCGGCUAUCAGAGCUCGGGUUGCACGCCCUGGACUGUCCACACAAACCCACCGGGGAGCUGGAUGCAAAGGACGUCAUAGAGAGCAGAUGGUAUAAGGAGUACUUUGCAAUAUCUGCAGAUUUGGAGAUAGAGACAAAGCAUGUUUGUACGGUGCGUAACUGGGAGAAAAAACUCCAAAUGGCACAAGAGGAGAACACUGUGGAGGACCUGUGUGCUCUGGCUGAGGAGCAUCUGAAACUCCACAGGGAAUACCUGCUGAAACCAGGCGGGCGUUUGAGGGGUGAGAACCUGGACGCUCUGCUGCACCGCCUGGACGAGGCGGCUGCUCUUUAUGCGUCAGCAAUCGCCCUCAGUCCCAAAAAUGCCAAAGUCCACUUUCUGCUGGGCCUCGUUUUGGAGGAGCACCACAACACCACCCAGGUUUACGGCUCUCUGAAAAAGGCUGAUAAGGACAAAGAGGAAAUAAGUGAGGCCAAGUCUUCGGCCCAUCAGGACGACAUCCUGGCUGUGUGUAAGCUGCAUGGCUUCUACGGCAUUCCCCCCGUGGAGAGCCAGCUGCAGGCCUUGGAUAAGGAGUAUCACCAGCUGAAGGAUCAGGGACAGUUCAGCAAGUCAGACUAUGUGCAGACCCUUUACCUCUGGCUGUCCAAGCAUGCUGCGAAGGAUCGCAACAUCGUGAUGCAAGACGAGGAGAGCUACAUGUAUCGAUCCCUCCUGAAGUACCUGGACGCUUGGUCCCUGAACCCGGACAACUGGGAGUUUAGCCUCCACAUUGGGAGACUCCUGCUGCUGCAGGGGAGAUGCAAGGAAGCUCUGCAGCACCUUCAGACCGGGCUGGCGCUGUGCCCGCUGAACCCCGCACUCAGAUUCUUUACAGGGCUGGCUCUGUUACAGCAGGAGCAGAAAGCCUGUGAGGCCACGGAGAAGGAGGCAGCGCUGUUCUUACAUCAGGGACUGGAGCACUUUGUCAGCCAACGCUGUAGCGAGAGCCAGGAGAACCAGGAUCCAUUCGACCCUCUGUCCAGCAUGAAUCCACAGUUUCUCCGAGGGCUUCUCACCCUGGCGCAGCUGCAGAAGAAGACCGUGUUGUCUGAGAAGUCCAUGACUUCUGAGCAGGUGUAUCACAUCGUAGCGGCGCUGGCUGCCCAGAGCGUGAGUCAGUUUGUGUGUCGCAGCGAGGCGAGCAGGCAGCUGGAGUGGGUGCUGCUGGAUGCUCACUUCGCCCUGCUGCAGAAACUGAUCCAGCAGGGCAAGCGGCAGCCGAAGGUGGACGUCGACAUGCAGGCCCUGGUGGCGAAGAGGUGCCAGGCCCUCACCGCUCUCAUCCGCCUGACAACCAUCUCUCCUUGCCAAGAGCUGCUGGACAUGCAAGAGAGAACGUGCCAGCUGGCGGUGAUUACGUCUCCGCGGGACAGCCGAGCUCUGUGUCACCUCGGAGUGGCCCAGCUGGCUCAGUAUGAUAGCAACCCAAACUCAGACAGGUCAAAUGAGGUCCUGAGCGACGCCUGCCUCAGCUUCCAGGCCAGCAUCGAGCUGGAAGACAAACCUCAGAGCGGAGAUCCACCUGAACCGCUGGGCAAACAGAAGUGGUGGCAGCAGCACCUGGAGGUUAAAAGGAAGGCAGCCGCGAAGGCCAGCCCUAAAACAGCCCACGCUCCAGUUUGCAAGACCGUCUCAAUUAGGGACGCCAAGCUGGGCAAAGGAGGUCCGAUUCAGGGACAGGCCCCUGGGUCCGGACCUCCGCCGGUUGCCCCUGCAGCCCCUGUCAAAGGAGGGAAGGUGCUUCAACCUCCAGCUAAAACUCCUCCAGUCAAGGGGAGACCUGGUGCAGCUAUUAAACCAGAUGCAGCAGCGAAACCUGGCAGCGACGAUACCAAAGCCAAGCUCCCUGCUGGCAAGCCUGAACAGGAUUCUGGUCCCGAGACUGUUGAGACUGCAGAGGUCCCUCCAGUAGAAAACACAGCCAGCGCGUCGGGCCCAUUGAACCCCAGGUCUCAUGUAUCACGGCUCGGUCUGGCUCGGGCCUUCUCACGCUCCGCAGACACCCAGGAUCAGGCGAAGCACUUCUACAGAGAGGUCAUCGCCAUGGCGCCGGGGAUCCACGAAGCGUACAUCGAGCUCGUGAAGCUGGUGGAGCCCCUGGAUCCGGAGGCUGCGCUGGACGUGUACUGCGGGUUCCCUCUGAAGGACGUGGCCGAGCAGAGCUUCAACGACGCCUUCAUCACCGGGGAGAUCGUCCGCCUGCUGAUGUCACAGCAGCUGUUCGACCACCCGCAGCUGGGCCCCAGCCUCGUCGCAUACGGCAAAGUCAUGGGGCUAAGCGUCAUAGAGAAGUACAUCGACAUUCUGGACGAAAAGUCAAAGACGUCGCUGCUGAAGAGCGUCUACGCAAAACUCAACAACCGACCGGAGGACGACCCGGAUCUGCAGGACUUCUUCAGAUUCAAAUGCUGGAUCUGACCAGCGAUUUCCUUUCCCUCUCAGGCUGCCUUGUUCUUUGUGUUUAUGAAGACGUUUUUAUUUAA